AUGUCAACUGUGGAAGAGCGAGAGGAAAGGCAAAUUCUGAUUAAUGACCUUUAUCCCAUCCAGACGUGGUACGCUUGGGCCGCCGUCAUCGGUCUCGCGACCCUCGUCAACGUCCUCUCGCGGCUCAUCUCUCUCGUGAACCGCUACGCCUCCUCGAAGACCAAAAAUGCCGGAACGGGAAGGCCUGCAUUAUGGCGGGUACCCCUUGCGCUCGCCAACGCCUGGCGUGUAGUCGCAUAUCGGUCGACAGUCAAUUUUGGAUGGGGAUACACCAUGAACGUCCUCGAGUUCUUCCUGACAGUCUCGUAUCUCUCCGCCAUUUUAGCUUGGGCUUUCGCGCACUCUUCUCCUGCCGACUUUGAGGGUGUGGAAUAUGCCGCCGACUUCAUGGCUAACCGCAUGGGGACCAUCGCUACCGCGCAGUUCCCGCUGGUCACCGUCCUCGGGACAAAGAACAACAUCAUAUCCUUCCUCACCGGAGUCGGGCAUGACAAGCUCAACUACCUCCAUCGUAUGACCGCCCGAGUAGCAUUCCUCAUGCUCUGGAUGCACGCUGGUAGAUGGAUGCCACCCUCGCUACUUCCCUCGAUAUGGUACGAGACCGUCUGGGUGCGCACGGGCGUGCUCGGCCUCGUCGCCUUCACGAUCCUCACGUUCACCUCCAUCCGCCCCGCGCGGGAGAAGGCGUAUGAGUGGUUCCUGUGGGGCCACUUUGCCCUUGUCUUUAUCUUCCUCGUUGGCGGGUACUUCCACACCAAGCGAUGCCUUUACGAUCCCUGGAUUAUCGCAUGCUUCGCCAUCUGGGCUUUCGAUCGGCUCGUCCGCGUCCUCCGCGUCUCCUACUUCUCCCUCGCCUCGCGCUUCUCCAAGUCCCAUCCCCCCUCUGCCCCCUCCUCCGCCACGUCCUUCGAGACCCGCGCGACGGUCGAGCUCCUGACCCCGCACCACGUCUCCCUGCGCCUGCAGCGCCCGCGCGGGUUCCACUGGGCGCCGGGGCAGACCGCGUACCUCAUGGCGCCGGGCGUGAGCGUCCUCCCGUGGGAGGCGCACCCGUUCACCAUCGGCUCCGUCGACGAGUCGCGCUACGCCGAUUCUGAUGCCCGGGCGGUCGAGGAAGAGGGGGAUGCGAGCAGCAUGGAGAAGAAGGGGCAUGGCGAUGGGGAGGAGAAGGGGGCAGCGGACGAGCUAGUGUUUAUCAUUGGGCUGAUGCAGGGGUUUACGGGGCGCCUGGGGAAGAGGGUGCUUGGUGGGGAGAGUAGGAGGCAUGUUACGGCGCUGACUGAGGGCCCGUAUGGGGAUGGGGAGGAUGUGAUUGGGUAUGAUACGGUCGUGCUUGUUGCUGGUGGGACGGGCGUUGCCUGGACCUUACCGCUGCUCGUUGACACAAUUAGGCGGGGGAAUUCAAAGUCACGACAGUGCCACAGACUCGUAUUCAUAUGGGCAAUCAAGGAACAAGACCACGUCUCAUGGAUCGCCGACCCGCUCACCCGGCUCCUCCCUCAGAUCCGCGCGCUCACCGACAUGGACGUCUCCAUCCGGCUGUUCAUCACGCGCAACCGCAACUUCUCCACGCCAAACGUCGACGUCGCCGGGCUCGAACAAAAUGCGGGGGCAUCGCCGUCCGCGACGCCUGACACGAUGGACGCGAAGUCGCUGGAGGAGGGCGGGCCGUGCCAGGACGUCGACGCCGUGCUACGCGCGCCGUGCGUGCAGGUUUCGAGCGGCAGGCCGGAGGUUGCGGGGCUUGUGGGGGCGGAGAUCGAUGGGUGCCGGGAGAGACGCGGGAAGAAUGUCUUUGUCGGAGUCUGUGGCUCGGCGUCUCUAGCGGAGGCUGUUCGCGUUGGCGCACGGGUGAACCCCCUCUGGGGCCCGAACAGCGUCCUCAGAGGAGGGCCUAAUGUUGUAUUGAAAGUCGAGAGCUUCGGCUACGCUUAA